AUGUCCUUUUUGUGCAUUCCAAUUGAAAAGACUACCUCAGUGAUAGCACCAGAGAGAAGUGUUAGUUCCGUUUAUGCCGCCUCAAGAAAAGUUUCAGGAUUACAACUUACCUUGCCAACUACACCGGAAUCAAGCAGCCAGUCGACUGGGAUGCCAAAUUCCUUGUACCGUGAGACUGCCAUGUCUCGUAAUAACUUCCUCUUGAAGUAUUUUUCCUAUGCUAUAUCACUUUCUUUCCCAAGCAGAACUUAUGAAAAUACCCACUUCGGAUGCCCAAACAAUUACAGAGUUCCACAGAUAAGGCAACAUACCAAGAAUGAGAGCUCCUCAUCCAGCCAGUUCACAAACGCCACCAAAUCGUCCACGUUAUUAAACGAAGCCGCUCGAACUUCGGUCGCCAACGACUGCACAAACUCUGGUGCCCGGUGGACUCUCUCCCCUCCAAUCCCUCUCAGGUGGGUACCCGGCGGCGGAGGUGGCCUGGGCGGCCCUCCGGGAGGUGGUGGAGGUGGCGGCAGGGGAGGCCCGCCCGGGCCCAAACCCAACGCACUCACAUUAGGGCCUGCGGGCCCACCUCCAGAUGGCUUAGGUGGCGGCCUCAGGACCCGCGGAGCCCUCUUCUCGAUCUGCGUGAGCUGCAUCUUGCUAACGACUGCCGAAGAAGAAUCUACCGACAAGUCGUUAGAUUCUCCAGGCGAAGCCACAACCGGUUUCUCCUUGAUGAGCGAGAGUUUCGGGGGCAGGACAGCUUUAACAUUAUCCCCGAAUUUGACAGCCCUCGCCAGCUGGGCCUUCUCCUUGAUCUGCUUCUCCCUCUCGAGCGCCAGCUUGUGUCGGUCCUUGUACGCAGGGUACUUCUCGUCCACCACACCAUCCACUGACAUUGACAUUACCUUGAAAGACGAGGCAAUAUUGUCUUCCUGCUCGCCUGUCCCGAACGACGUGAUAGCCAUCCCAUCUCCCGCGUUCCUCAGCAUGAGUGCCUCCAGAGGGCCCUUAUUGGGCCUGACAGGAGAAGAAAACAGGCCGGGCCCGGGCUCGGGCCCAUCUCUGGGCUUGCUGCCUCCCCACCUCUUGAGCUUGUGGAGAAGCCCGGGUUUUUUGGUGAGCCUGCUGGUAGAGCUGUCGAUGGAAGUGUUGUCCAAGUCCGAGCUGUCGACGGACAUGUUGUCGAAGUUGCUGUCGAGUGUCAGCUCCUCCGCCGCCGCGCUCGGAGCCCGCGUAGUCGAGCAUGAGCUGCUUGGCCCGUUCCUGGGAACGCGGGCUCAGGCUCUUGUUGAGGUCACGGGCCGAGAUUUUGCCUGUGGGGUUUUGGUAGUUGCGGAGUUCGAAGCGGAGGCAGGCGUUGACCCAGCGGAGGUACACGAGCUCCUCGACCUCGCUGAAGCGGUUCAUCUGAAGGCCCUCGACUUGUUUCACAAGGUCCUCGUUCAUGUGGCGCAAGGUGUUGGCUUCUUCUCGAACUUUCGCCACCAUUUCGGUCUAUCGAGAAGACCUUCUUCUCCACCUCCUCUUCUUUCUGAAACGCUUCCUGCUCCUUGGCCCGAAGCCCACUCACUUGCUGCUUUAGCAGCAAAAGCUGGCCUUUGGUCUGCUCGAGCUCUUUUCUGGCUGCAGCCCCUUGAGAAAUCUCCUCCUGAAGCUUUUUCCUCUCGGCCUGUAAAGAGCUUAUCAUCUUUUGCUGUGGCUGAUGAGAAUUUGUCCGUGGGGAGUGGGAAGUCUAUUUCGCCGGAUAAUAGGCUCUCAAAUUCCGGCAAGAGCUCGUCGUCAAAAUCUGAUGGGGUGCUUAGGGAUACUUACAACAACCCCUGUGAGGCCAUUCGUCGAACACCUGACGUCCUCCCUGGACUGACAAAGACAAGGAGUGAAACUUGGGCAAAAAAAGGGGAAGGAAAACAGAUAAUGAAAUGGGCUGGCUUACUUAGAGAAUUAUCUGCUGGAAAAUCCACAGAACAUUCAAAAGAAAAACACUUUGAUAUGGUUCCUGAGACGAGAUAA